AGUACUAGAGAAACCAGAGACCACGUGACAUAUGACCACGUGACAUGUUGUGACAGUAGCUCGUUGUAAAAUGGCAGUUUCAGCCAUCAGGAACCCUAACGAUAUAGCACACCUUUACAACAGACAAGUUAAGAAGGCACAGCAGCCGACUGAACCGGAGAAGUUAUUUCAGAAAUUAGAGCGGAUAGGAAGAGGAUCCUUUGGAGAGGUCUUUAAAGGGAUAGAUAACACAACGAAAGAGAUAGUAGCGAUAAAGAUAAUAGAUUUAGAGGAAGCAGAGGACGAGAUUGAAGAUAUCCAACAGGAGAUUACAGUUUUAUCACAGUGCGACUCUCCUUAUGUUACUAAAUACCACGGCUCAUACCUAAAGGGCGCCAAGUUAUGGAUAGUGAUGGAGUACCUCGGGGGAGGAUCCGCUCUACAGUUGAUAAAAGCGAAUGUUCUGGACGAGUCAAGUAUAGCUAUCAUGCUCAGAGAAGUGUUAAAAGGACUGGAUUACCUCCACGGAGAAAGGAAACUUCACAGAGACAUCAAAGCUGCUAACAUACUGCUCUCUUGUAACGGAGACGUGAAGCUUGCAGAUUUCGGAGUAGCAGGACAACUAACUGACACCCUCACCAAACGACACACUUUCGUAGGAACCCCAUUCUGGAUGGCCCCGGAAGUAAUAAAACAGUCCUCCUACGAUACGAGAGCGGACAUCUGGUCCCUGGGAAUCACUGCUAUCGAGAUGGCAAAGGGAGAGCCCCCGCUUGCAGGUCUUCAUCCUAUGAGAGUACUAUUCCUCAUACCUAAAAACAAGCCUCCUGAACUCGAUGGAGACUACACUAAAUCCUUUAAAGAUUUUGUCGCUUCUUGUCUUAAUAGGGACCCUGAAAAUCGCCCGCCUGCAAAAGAGCUCCUGAAACACAAGUUUAUCCGGGGUGCCAAGAAAACAGGGUGUCUAGCAGAAGUAGUAGAGGCGUACAAACAGUGGGACGGAGGAGAUGGCAGCAGCAGCGACGAAGAGGACAAACCGUCUAAUGAGGAAGAAGACGGUAACCCUCAGUGGGUAUUCGAGACAGUAACGAAGAUAGAGCAGGUAACACUGAACAAUAACAUGAAGAAACAGAGCGACCCGCUGGAGGAUGUUUUAUUACCGCUUUUUAUGAAGUUAAAACAAACGCACACGAAGCCUGGAGUGGACGAACUAAUGAACAUAUUCGUCAGCAUGGAAUCAGCCAACCCGGGACUCUGCGACAAAUUUGUAUCGGGACUAGUCAAUAUUUGUAGCUCAGAUACACAAAAUUCAUAGCUAUUCGCCCUCUCCGCUGACUUGCGCUUUUUAUAUAUAAAUGUGCCCGUCCAGGAUGUUUCCCUGUGUUUGACAAUCAGAACUUCAGACUAUUCUGUUGGGUACUGGGGUUUUUAUUCAGAUGUAAGCUGAGUUAUGUUACUAGGUUGUGUGACGUAUGUGUGACGUCACUGUGGCGUAGUAUUUCCUUUUCUCCAUGAUUUGUGUGUUAACCUUUAUAUAAACGCUCUUUCAAUGAAGUAGUAGCCGGGUUAGAAAAUUGUUAGAUUAAGAUUAAAGUGGCCGUACAUUUUUGUUUUUGAUAGCUGUGCUUCCUGCAGAUUUCUCAGUUGUUGUGCUCUCGUACCCUGAAGCAAAUCUCAGGUCACGGACAUGAGCUCCUGGCGCAGGAUAAAGGGUCUUCGAUUUUUGCAAGACUUGUGUAUAAAGUAGAGUUUCGCGCACGGCUGUUCCUAACGCGCAAAUAGAGAAAUUAAGAAUAUUUCUAAAAUUAUUCCGGAUUUUGUUGUCUUUAAAUGGUCAAGCGAACUGUGAUAAUGAUGGACCUUUGGGACCUCUUCAACAGAAUCUACCUUUGAUCACCCAUUUUAUUCUCACAGCUCUGUUGUUAAACUUGGGUGGAGUUAAUUAAUAAUUUCUAUUAAGUAGAGGUCUAGUGCAGAUUCUUACGGUUUGGUAAUUGUUACGUUAGAAUGAAGAUUCUGUUACAAAUUUGUUCUGAAAAGUAAAUCAUCUACGUAAUAUUUUGCUGGUGGGUAUUUUAGUAGAAGCAGUCGCAAACCGCUGUGACUUACCAACAACAUACGGGAAUACCCCUUCUAAAACCCGUAAUAGACCUUGAUGGGCUUUUGGCGGUAUUGGGCAGCUAAUGUGACUAGAGGACUAGCAUUGUAUAAUCUGAGAUUAACUGAUAGGCUUUAAAUGAUGUCAUCACGAGAGAGCGAUACACAUUCGUUAUUUUACUAUUAAUCCAAAUUUUUUAAAACUUUAACCUUCUCGUUUCUAUAGAGAAAUCACAUGGCCUCGAAGAAAUCUUAUAUACUAUUUCAAUACUAGUGUGUAUCGCCUACCUGUGUCAAGCAUCAUAUAGAUAACACAUUGCCAAUAGCACACUUCAAAAUAGGAGUGACUUUUGUUUAUCUUGUUAUUUUAUCUGUAAUUAUAAUUUUUCAUUCGAUUCACAAUUAAA